AUGGCCAUGAGAAAGUCCAACAAACUUCCACAAGCUGAAGUUAUCAAGCAAAUUCUCAAAAGAUGUUCAAGUUUUGGGAAAAAACAUGGUUACAAUGAAGAGGAUCUUCCGGAGGAUGUACCAAAAGGUCAUUUUGCAGUUUAUGUUGGUGAGAAUAGAACAAGGUACAUUAUCCCAAUUUCUUGGCUAUCACAUCCUCAAUUUCAAAGUUUGUUACAAAGAGCUGAAGAGGAGUUUGGCUUCAAUCAUGAUAUGGGACUUACUAUCCCUUGUGACGAACUUGUUUUCGAGUCAUUAACUUCAUUGAUCAGAUAA